AGUUCACUGAGCAGCUUGUUUAUGCAAGUGGACUCUGGACGUAGAAGGAAAAUGGAACCCAAAAGAUUUUAUAUAUAACUAAAUGGAGGGGGGUGAAUGAUGUUUCAGACUUCUAUUGCCAAGACACAAUCUGUUUUUCUUUUUUAUUCUGUCAGGGAUCAGCUUUUUUUUACCAUUUAGGAUGCUGCCGAUUUGGGACAUCAGAAUUUUAUUUUUGAUCUUUUCAUUGCUAACUAUCACCAAGAGCACAAAGUUGUUGUCGGGCCACAAAAAGUGUGGCGAUCCAGAAUGUGAAACUUUAAUGAGCAGAGUGCUAGCCAUUAAGGACUACAUAGGACCUGACUGCCGCUAUUUGAACUUCAGAACUGGGGAAGAGAUAAUGGUAUACUCCAAACUCUCCAGGAAAAGGGAGGAUUUGUGGGCAGGAAGUAAAGGUGCAGAUUUUGGAUAUUUCCCAGUGCAUGCAGUCCGGAUUGAAGAAACUUUUACUACAAAAGAAGUAGAACUGCCAACUAAGGAAACUGAUUUCCUUUGUCUUGAUGAAGGGGAAUACGUUUUUGAAAAUGAAGACAGCAUACUUAAUCAUUAUGACAAAGAAAAUGAAUAUAUACCUCCGUACUCAUAUGAAAAAGACACCAAAUUGGAAAUGCCUGAAGAUGAAGUCUUGAAACUUGGAGGUACAUCUUACCCAAAUGAAUAUAAAGAACAAUUUCCUGACAGUCAAGAAUCUGACAGUAAAUACAAAGACCUGCAUACGCUGGAAACUGCAAGCCGUGGUGAUACAGAACUCAGAGACGGGGAGACUAGACAAGAUGAGACUACUCCGGAAGAAGACCAUUUUAGUCAGACUCCGCAAGCUGUCCCAACUCAGUCAGUCUGGACUGUGUCUGGUUUUGUUGGCUGGCUUGGCUUGGGAAGUAAUGAAAAUGAGGAGGUGGUCAGAAAAAUAUCACAGAAAACAGAAGAAGUUACAUUCAGGCGCAGGAAAAUAGCAAUAACUGAUGAUAGUGGCUUUAAAAAAUUAAAUGAAGAGGGUGAAACAGCACCACAGGGCUCCAGCUGGUUUAAAAGUACUUUCACAAAUUUGAUGCAUCUUGGAAGUGACAACUCAGAACUUGAUCUGCUGUAUAAAGAAAAUGAUCCAGAAAUCCACGACAGCUGCACCACUGCUGGCACUCCCGGCAACCAUGGCAGUUCUACCGCAUCAGAAGGAAUAAAAGAACGUAGCAAUUCUGAACAAGCUGAAUCAAGCUGGUUUGAUCUGGAAUUCAGUGAUAUUUUGCCUUUUCGUUAUGCUACAGAAAACGCAGACAAAGAAAAGCUUGCAGGUGGAGGAGAAGCAGAUCAAGAUGAAGAGCAGCACCCAAGUGAACAAUCAAGCUUAAUGGACGAUGGCUUGAGAAAGCAAACAGGCAGACUGAUGCCCGAUGAAGAACGAGACAAAGGGGAAAUUGUUCAAGAAACCCCAAAGCAAACAGCUGAACCAACUCUUUACGAAGAACAAGUGAAAGAAAAAUAUGACCAAGAAGCCCCAGGCAUACAUGUUAGGAAAACAGAUUCUGAUGUGCAGUUAGCAGAUGAGCAUGGUGAUAAACGACUUAAGUCUCCCUAUGCAGAACAGGAUUCAAUACCAGACAACCAAGUUAUGGAAAUCAAUAAAAUUAAAGCUGUAACAAAGGAGUCAGAAAGAACAAAUGACCAGUCAGGUUGGUAUGAAAGUAUGUAUAACAGUUUCAUUGAUUAUAAUAGGAUUACAUCAGAUAAUCAACCAGGGCAUGAGUAUGUAACUGUUGAGAGUCCACAGGAAUCAGCUGUAGAUGAGUUAUCGUAUAGUAUAGGUCAAGGUACUGCAAAGGAAGAAAAUCAUGAGGGUCCUAAAAACCCGAUAUCUUUCUUUUCUGUUAGUUAUUUUACAAGUGUACUGAAUUUUCAGAGUUUUAUAUCUGAAGGAACCGAUCAUGCUCAGCAUGCACACAAUAAUCUAAAGUCUAGUGAGGAAAACACCCAAUUUAAAAAGAGUGAGGAAGUAUUACAUAUAGGCAAAGAAGAAUUACUAGAAAAUCAGAAUAUUACUGAAAAGGUGCCAGAAAACAGAGGUGCUGAUACUACCCAGGGAAACGUUUUGCUGCCUUCUUUAGCAGUAAAAGGCAGUGAAGAAAGUAGAGGAAAGAGACAGGGUGAAGAACUAGCGAAAGAUAACACACCACAUCAUUUGCCAGUAAAAUCUGCAGAGUUGGAACACCAGGUUUCCUAUGGUCAAUGUACAGGGAAAAAUUUGUAUGGAAGACCUGAGGACCAUAGUUUGGACACACAAGGCCAUUCCAAUAUAGAAGAUAAAAACAAUGUUCGUAACUUAGAGGCCAAACAACAGUUUUCUUUAGACCCACGAAAGCUAGCUGAUUUGGCAGAGCGAAAGGAUUAUGUUAGUGAAGACACAUAUUCCUAUGAAAAAUCUAUCCUAGGAGAAGAUGAGCCACAUGAUGGGAAAGCUGUCAGACCAGAUAAUGUUGAACAAGCACUAUUUUUCGAGGAGCUGAAUGAACAUGCAGAUAGUUUUUCCAAAUCAAAGAACAUUCCAGGCGAAGAUAAGAUACCUCUUGAUGAAGAUAAGCCAGUUAUCCAAGGGAGCAGAGACUUUAAUACAAAAUAUCAGAAUCCAUUUUUAACAGAACAAUAUGAAGCACCAGAAUUAACAUACAGUGUAAGAAGACCACCACCACCACCACAACAACAACAACAGUAUAAGGCUAUUAACAAAGAUUCCAAAUCUAGCAAAUACAAUGUUAAUAAAAAUAAUUGUUUAGUCUCAAAAGUUUUGAAUGGGAGUAGUCAUACUCCUGCCAUAGGUUAUACAGAUGUUAUGAAAGGAAUACAAGUUUCAGAUCCAGUGCUACAUUUACAUUCAAAAAAACAUAUAAACAACAGUAUAAGGGCAGAUAAUGUUAUAGAUUCUCAUGAUGAAAAGAAACUUCCUGAUGUUAAAAAUAUAGAAAGUGUCCCCUCCCAUGCCAUCCAAGAUUAUUUUUCUAUCAACCCCAGUGCUGAAGAUGAGAUGAACCAAAGUCUAGUUACUAAGGUAGGUAAGAAUUUGUUUUCUCAAGAAAGUGCAAAAGAACAGAUGCAUUUUUCACAGCAUAUUUCAGAACUUAGUGAAGGCAAACAAGGACACAAUGAACAAAAUACAUCAAAUAAUCAAGGACCAUCCCCACUGUCUGAGGAAGUGUUUCAAAGUGAAAAGGAGAUUUCCGGGCCUAGCAGCUGCAUACUGAAUUAUGAUUCUGUCGCCUAUGGUGUGCAGAAGAAAGGCUUUCAGGGCCCACAAGUGCAGAUAGGUGAAAAAGGUGUUGAAGAGGAACAAAAUUCAAAAGCAAUAGAGGAACAUUUUGAUAGUGCUCACGUUAGUGAUGCUUCAUUAAUAGAUCAGCAAGAGCAAAGUGUAUUUCCUUAUCCUAGCUCCUCUGGCACUUUUCCCAAGAAAAGUGUUCACUCACCACAAAUGUGUGCAAGUCUGACACAUCAGAAGGAAGAUAAAGAGUUAAAAGGCAAACAAGUAUCAUCUUCCUCUCUUGACUGUCAGAGUACCAAUAUUAUGAGCUUAGUACCUGACAAAAAGUUUAUGAGUCAGAAGGGACAUGAUAGAAAACAACAUUUAACUGCGGGUUUAGAAGUGAAGAAGCUUAGAAUCUCAGCUCAGCAUAAAAAAAUAGAUAGCAUUCCAAAUACUGAAGAAACUAAACCUGAUUAUCAGAAACAAAUAGCAUACACAACUUCAAAGAUAACUGACAUAAAACCUGAAGACAGUUUAGUGAUAACUGACUUUAAUAGUUUACCUCAGAAACAAUAUACCAUAGUUGGAACAAGUCCUGCCAGUGAAAAUCCAAUCCAGCACUUAGAAGUGCAAAGUGAUACAUCUGAUCUGGAUAAUAAUGUUAAUCCUAGCAAACAUUUAUCACAUCAUCUUCAGCCUGUGCAUGAUUAUAUGGAUCCUAUCCCUCCACAUGCUAAAGAUGCCAUGGACACACAGCAUUUAGCUAAAGAUCAUCACGAUGAAACAUUUGCACAUGAUUUAAUUUCUCCUUUUCCUAAAAAUCUAAACCAUGCAGAGAAAGUAGCUUAUUCUGGGCAUGCAAGAGAUAGUCAAGAAAAAGGCAAAACAGAUAAAGAUAGUGAGAAAAAACUAAGAUGCAAGAAUGUAGCUUGCACAAGUGACAAGACAGAGAAAGGAGGUGUCGGGAGUAACAUUUCUGGUAAACUAUCACGGCUUAUUGGAGAGCCAUUUAAAAAUAAGGGCGAUGAAGACUCUAAAAAAUAUGAAGAUAGUAGAAAUAUUAUUGGAACACAGCUUAAGACAAAGAGGCAGGAGGCUGAUGUAGUGAGAAGUAACUUUGAACAAGACAAAGGUGAAGUUCAGAGCGCAAAAUUUAUCAGGUAUUUAGAUAAUGUUAAAAUUAAGGAAGAGGGAUCUCAGGGCCCAGGGGAAAGAGACAGCAGCAUCCAGGAAAAAUCUGUUGCUGCAGACUCAAAAAAUUACAACCAAAAGUAUGACAGAUCUGCAAAUCAGGAGACAAUAGUUCAAAAUGGUCAGUUAACACCUGAUACAGAGUUGGACCUGAAAGAAGCCACUUCCUUCAGUGGAUUACAGGAACUUUAUUUCAAGUUUGUUGAGGAAUCUAAAAGGAUACUUGAAGCAAAUAUGUGUGAAAGGCAUGAACUGCAGCUACUAGAGCAAGAGUUUGAAAAACUUCGCCGUGAUAUCACCACUUUUCCAUGUGAAGAUAUUCGCAGGGUAAUGAAAGAAGUGACUACUUUGGUGGAACAUGAAAAUAAAUUAAACAGUGGACAUGAAAAGUGUUUGAAGGAUAAAGUGAAUUUACUUCCAGAACUGCACAGUCUUGUGCUGGACAUCAGAAACAAAUGUGAAACCCAAAAGGCAGAAUCAGGUAUGACCAAUAAUGGAAAAUUACCUGACGAUGCUCCUAAAGAAAAACAUCACUUGAAUUUGGAUAAAGAACCUAACAGUGGUCAACAUACAGAAGCAAAUAAUGUGUCUCCAGUAAAUACAGAGAAGAAAAUACGUACUUCAGCCAAAAAUAGUCACCAUCAGCCAAAUUCAAGAAGAAAAUUAUCAGAGAACAAUCUAGUGACUCAUAACUAUACUAUCAGUAAUGAAAGAGAAUGGCUAUUUCAGAUAAGCCUGCAUUUGAAUGACUUCUGUGCCAUUAUAACACCUGUUUUUUCAGUGAUGGCAUCUACCAGUAAAAAGGUUCUUGCAGCAUUGCCUGAAAAUAUGAAACCUGGUCCAGAUCUUUAUGGCUUUCCAUGGGAAAUGGUGGUUUGUGGUGCAGUUGUUGCCGUUUUUACUAUCUUACUUCUGAUGUGUAGGAGUUAUCAGUCAAUUAGAAGUAGACUUUAUGUAGGAAGAGAGAAACAGCUUGCCAGUAAAGUUGCUGAACUAGUUGAAGACAAAUGUAAAGUACUGGAAAAACUCAGUCUCUGCAAAAAAGAGUAUGAAGAGUUAGAAAACUUCCUAAAAGAUUCCAGUCUUCUGCAAGGGUCAGUCAGUACAUCAAGCAUGAAGGCAGCAUAUGAAGAACUGAGCAGCUCGAACUCUGCACUCAAGAGUGACAUAGAAUGUUUAGAAAAAGAAGUUAAAGAAGAGAAGUCCAAACGAUCAGAGCAGGAUGACUUGUUGAUUGAAAUACAGAGAAGAAUGGAAUCCUUAGAAAAUGAAGCAAAGUCUAUUCAAAUGCAAGUAGCUGAAGCCAAGUCCACAUUAAAAGUAUAUGAGAUCAACAGAGAGAGGUUGAAAACAUCUGUCCAAGAUGCAAUAGCUGAAAACAACCAACUUCAUGAAAGUGAAAAACAGCUCUUAAAAGAAGCUGAAGGACAGAGUGAACAAUUAAGUGAGUUAAAUGAGCAAGCAAAAAUGUUUGAAACCUCAAAAGCAAGUAUGGAGGAGACUCUUAAAAAUAAAGAAAGUCAAGCCAAGUCACUGACAGAGAGCUUGUUGAAGAUGAAAGACUGGAGCUUUACAUUAGAUGAACAUACUGCUGCUGAAGACAACCAUUGGGAUAAUGAUAUAAAGACUGAAACAGAAAAUGGGGAGCACUUAGAUGAUCAGGAAAAACGAACUGUAAAGAAGUUGAUUCAUGCUGCGAAGCUAAAUGCUUGUCUAAAAUCUAUGGAAUCAGAAAUAAAUCAAAUGUGUUCAAAGCUAACGGAUGAAAACAAAGCAAAAGAGCAACUUGCAGAACGCAUUGAAAAUCUGCAAAAGGAACAUAUCACAUUGCAUUCUGAAAAUACACACUUUGAAAGCGAAGUUCAGAAGCUUCAGCAAAAGCUUAAAGUCAUGACUGAACUGUAUCAAGAAAAUGAAAUGAACCUUCACAGGAAAUUAACUGUAGAAGAAAAAGAUCGUUUACAGAAAGAAGAAAAGCUUUCCAAAGUUGAUGAGACAAUCAGUCAUGCUGCUGAAGAAGUGAACCGUUAUCGACAACGAGCAGAAGAACUAGAAGAAGAACUGAAAAAAACAGUUCACUCUUAUGAGAAUCUGGUUAAGUCCCAUGAGCAGAAAGCUCAUGAUAACUGGCUGGCAGCACGGGCAGCUGAAAGGCACCUCAGUGAUAUAAGAGAAGAAAAUGCAUACAGUAGACAAAAAUUAACAGAAGCAGAAUUUAAAUUUGAUCGUUUGGAAAAGGAUCCUUAUGCUCUUGAUAUGCCAGUUAGGGCAUUUGGCAGAGAGCACUCCCCAUAUGGACCCUCACCAAUGGGCAGACCUUCAUCUGAAACAAGAGCUUUUCUUUCCCCUCCAACCUUAUUGGAGGGUCCCUUAAGAUUUUCACCUGUGCUUCCAGGUGGAGGAGGAGGAAGAGGAUCAAGAGGACCGGGGAAUGCUGGCAUGUAUGAAGUUAGUAAUGAAAGAGGAGAGUUGCAUUCUGACAGGUUAUCUGAUCCCCACAGACCACCUUCUGACACUGGAUCUUUGUCACCUCCAUGGGAUAGAGAUCACAGGAUAAUGCCCCUGCCUGCAGGUCAGCUGUAUAAUGAGCAAUCUCUUCCUCGAAGACCAGAAAGAUUUUAUUCCAGUCAUCCAAACUCAGGAAGACUUUCAGGACCAGCAGAACUAAGAAGUUAUAGCAUGCCUUCAUUUGAUAAAGCAGAUGGACAAGCAUCUGAGAAUAACUCAGGAACAGACUUAAGUGGAAAUGGAAUAAGAGAUCAUCCCAAUGACGGUAAUACGCUCAAUGCCUCGGAUCAGUCUCAUGCACCUGACAAUGGAGGCUUUGGGCCUGGAAUUGUGCCGCCGCCACUGCCCUUACUGCGAGCUCCUCUAAUGCCAAUGGACCCAAGGGGGCCUUUCAUGAGAAGAGGCCCUCCUUUUCCACCAGUGCCUCCUGGCGCAUAUGGACCUCGAGAAUAUUUCCCAAGGGAUUUUGCUGGUCUGCCACGUCCUCUUCUGCCAAUGAGAGGUCCAUUUCCUAUGAGGCCUUAUUCUCAAUACCCGCCUCCAAGGGCUGGUUUUUUCCCACCACUGCCAGCUGAGAGCAGAACUGAAAUGCCUGCUGAGUUAACACAUCCGUCAACUGCAUCUUCUGCAUCUCCUCAAGAAUCACAAGAAGAAACUUGACUCUAUUUUGAACUAGCUCUAUCCUUUUCCUCAGCUCAAUAAUUUGCUGUUAAGUAGCUAUUGUUACUUAACUGACAGUAUUUGCUCAAAUUGAAGCUUAAUAGGAUAAUUCUCAGGAGAGUGCCCUGUAAAUAAUGGUCUAACUGUGAAUAAAUUGAUUUUCAUUGUACAGCAGUAACUAAAUUAUUUUUAAUUUGCAUAUCUAGGAGAUGUAAAAAUUUGUACCAUGUAAGAACUCUCCCGUUGUUUUGGUCUCAUAGAAAAUGAUUGCAUGUGAAGAGAAAACUUGUAACAAAAGGCAAUGUGAAAAAAAUUAAAUGAAUUUAAUAAUUUUUGGUCUUUUGACUCUUCAAUGAAACAGGUAUCUCUGUUUUUUUGUUUUCUAAAGGUAGAGCAUAUGGGUUUAGAACAGGGUUUCCCAAACUUGGGCCUCCAACUGUUUUUGGAGUACAGUUCCCAUCAUCCCUGACUACUAAUCCUGCUAGCUAGGGAUGAUGGGAGUUGUAGUCUAAAAACAGCUGGAGACCAAAGUUUGGGAGACCCUGCUUUAGAAGUUACACCUUCUACCACUGAUAUUGGUCUGAAUUCACAGGUAUGAGGUAGGGAGGUGGCCUGUUAUAGAUGGGGUUGCACUCACCUGGGAAAAGCAGGUCUGUCCUUUGAGCAGGGGUGGCACUAUUCCUGGAUCCAGCACUCUCACUGAAAGACUCAGAUGGCUUUGGUGACUAGGAGGAGUGCCUUUUUCCAGCUUCAGCUGGUUUGUCAGUUAAGACCUUGACAGAGAUUAAAGUUAAAGGGGCCCCUCACCAUUAGUUCCAGUCGUGGCCAACUCUGGGGUUGCGGCGCUCAUCUCGCGUUAUUGGCCGAGGGAGCCGGUGUACAGCUUCCAGGUCAUGUGGCCAGCAUGACUAAGCCGCUUCUGGCGAACCAGAGCAGCGCACGGAAACGCUGUUUACCUUCCCGCUGUAACGGUACCUAUUUAUCUUCUUGCACUUUGACGUGCUUUCGAACUGCUAGGUAGGCAGGAGCUGGGACCGAGCAACUUGGCCACUAGUCCAUCCUCUGGUCUCUUCCAGAUCAGAUUAUUGCAACAUGAGGCUAGGUUCUAAAAAAACUGCACUGGUUGCUAUCAAGGUGCCCAAAUUAAUGUAGAGGGAAGUGAGGGGCAGAUGGGGCUCAUCAACCUGUGAGGGUAAACUCAUUUAGAAAACACUGACCCUAAACAUCUGCCUUGUGUGACAUCUUUGGGUGAAGAAAAACUAAGGAGUAAACCCUACACAAAUCCAGAUGGUUGAAUGGCGUCUUGUAUGACUCCUUCCAGCAACUUGUGGAGCCACGUUAGUGCCAAACCUAUUUCUGGUUUUUUGGACCACAUCAGCAAAGCCAAAGGGAGAGUCUUGUCGCUUGGAUAGCCCAGGACCUUCAUAUGCACUGCCCAGGCUUGUGUCCUGGGGAGGUCACUUCAGUGUUGCUAAUGCUAUGGUUUGACUUCACCCCUUGGAGCUGCACUCCAUUGUUGAGAAACGGGUGGAUGCCAAUAUCAUUAGUGUUUAAAGUCUUAACUAUUUGGGCCUAAAAAACCUGAAAGACUGCCUCCUUCCCUACAGAUCCUCUUGCAUGAGGGGGUCCUCCUGGUAGCAUUGUUUGGCAGUUGGCAGCCCCUUUCCUGUGGAAUUCCCUCCCCAGAGAGUUGCAUGUAGUACAUUCAUUUCCUAUAUGCUGAAGAUGCACCUGGGUAUGCUGGUCUUUUGACACCAAAGAUAUGUAUGUUAUGAUCCAUCCGAUUAUAAAUUGUUUUAACCAAUUUCAAUACUGAAUCAAUCCUAGAACCUUUGGGUCGUUUCACUCUUUUAGAAUUCUCUUCAUCGUGAGGUGCAAGUGGCUGUGUCUGUCUUGGCUUUUAAAUGGACACUGAAGACAUUGUGUUUUGUUUGAAGGGAUGGUGUAUACUGAUAACUGCUGUUUUCUUGUUUUUCGUCCACUAUUUGAAAGAUUGGAUAGUACUCAACACUAGUUCUACUCCCAUUGAAGUUAAUGGACAUGCUUAACUUACUUAAUGAAUUCAAGUAGGAUUUAAUUGAAUACAACUCUUUGCAAGGUGCCUUGCAUUCAAUAUGACCUCACAAUUUGACUUUCCCUUCUCUCAUCCAUGUGUUACAAAUGCACCCGCCUCAGACACCACAGCUUGUUAACAGCUUUAGUGCAUUUUUCCUGUGUUGCACCAAAAGCAGACUAUUAGAACAUCUUUGUUUCAACUUGUGCAUUUCCAUACUUUUCUGCAAGUUAUCUAGGCUUACGGACCAUUCAUUAACCAUUAAGAAUGAAAACUUCAAGGGAAGCUGGUUCUGUCAGUUGCCAAUACAGGUAGGUGCUAAUUUAUUUGUAACAUCAUGAUCUACCUAUGCCAUGUGGCCCACAAGUCAAAUAUUUUGAAGCCGAGGUCACAAAGCAAAGAAAAGCUGCUUUGAAAGGCAGGGGAAUUUUAGUGUGCAGAAGCAGCUGGAAGUGGCUGAUGGCCCAUUCCUAGUCACUCUCCAAGUAGGUUUUCCUUCUGUGGAGUUCAAAGACAGGAUCCAGGUCUCAGAUCCAUGGGUUUGCCUGUAACUCUCUGUUAGCCCCUUAGUUAAAUUGAUCUCACAAGAGCAGUUACGGUAAGUGUGUGGUUGACGCUUGCAUUGAUCUCAAGGGUAUGUACAAACACUUAGCUUUUGCUGGAUUGUAUCCUAGGUGCAGGGGUUGCAAACCUGUGACUCAUCAGUUAUUGAACUACAGCUCCCAUCAGUCCCACCCAGGAUGCCUGCCCUAUAUUCAGGGUUGAUGGCAGUUGUUAUGGGAAGGUACCACAUUAGCCACCCCUGCCUGUGAGUUGUGUUGAACUGUAUAACAUGAAGGAACUAGUAACUAAUUUCAAGGUGUUUGUCCAUCUACCGUAUAGUCACCCAGAACGUACAGUAAAAAGAAUAAAUAGAUAACAUGUAAAGCCAAAGGCAUGGUAAGUGUUCACAGUCUAUUUAAUAGUGGGACAUGGAUAUAAGUACUACACAGUUGUUGUUUUAGAACACAUUCAAUUUUGAUAUAAGCAUUUGCUACGGGAGGGAUUUGGGCUUUCCAUAUUCUACACUUUUAAAGAUUUAUUCUGCCAGUUUAAGCAAACAAUAUCAAAUUAUGAUAGCUGGUCUGGUCUUCUACUUAGCUUGGUUUCCUAAAAAAAAAAUUGUUCAUAAAGCAUUAGCCAAAUAAAUGUCUGACUUACUUCAGAACUCAAGGCUUUCUGGAUUUAAACACUGGAAACAAGCAAGAUAGUUUUCA